UUAUAACACUCUGUUGUCACAAUACCUAGAAACAUCUUGUCACAGGACCGUUCAAGAAAAUAAAAAAUAAAAAAAUAAAUUAAUAAUUUAAUAAAUUAAUUAACUAAUAAAAAUUAUAUAAAAUUUAUUUAAAAAAAAAAAUAUAAUACUUGAAGAUCUUUGUGGAAGCUGAUAGUGGGUCAACAAGUAAAUUAAAGAUAUUUGGUGAAAAAAAAUGCUGCGAAAAAUUACACUUGUUUGGAGCCUGUUGAUUGUUUUUGGGGUUUUUGGUGUUUUUACGACACCAGUUAAGGCAAAUCCUUUUCCUGAGGAACGUGAAAUUUAUCUCGAUGAACUUGAAGAUCCAAAAUACUUGAUUCGAAUGUUAACAAAUUUGGAUGGUUAUUUAAAACAACAAGAAAAUGCAAAACGUGGUGGAUCAUUUAAUUUGGACUUGGGCUUGGGUCGUGGAUAUAGUGGAGCUCAAGCCGCAAAACACAUGAUGGGUAUGGCAGCAGCAAAUUAUGCCAAUGGACCAGGAAGAAGACGCCGAUCUGAACAGGCGUAAAUUAAUUCGAAAUCAAAAAAAAAAAACUUAAAUAAGGAUAAUUUUUAUUCUCAAAAUUGAUGCUAUUAUUUUUAUAAAUUAUUAUUUAUAUAUUGUUUAUUUAAUUUUAUUUACCAAGUAUAUAUAGAGAAUUAAAAAUAAAAAAAAAGUAGAUUAUUUUGUGUAGUUUUUUUUAUUUCUAUUUAUUUUUUUAAUUUUUUAACUGAUUCACGUUCUAUAUACGUAUAAGUUUGCACUUUAAUCUAUGUAAUACUUUUCAAAUCUUAAAAAACAAAAUAAACAAAAUCAAAUAACGGUUAAAUAAAAAUUGAAUCUCGAUGUCUGUUUAGAUUUUAGUAGCACUCACUAUUUUAUUUUUAAAAAAAAUCACAAACUUGAAAAAAAAAAAAUGCCUAAAAAUUUAUUAACUGUAUUUAUCAAUAAAUUCAAUUAUUAUGUAGAAAAAAAAUUUUGAAUCUUCUAUCAAUAUGCAAAUUAAUGUGACGUUGAUAUAUAAUUAUCCAUCAUUCUAAAAAGAAAAAAUAAAUUUAAUGCUUCGGCCUAGACAAAAAUAGUAAUACAGUAAAAAUUACAAAUGAAAAAGAAAAAAAAAAAAAAAGUUGUAUUAAUAGCUCUAUACCUGAAUGUAUUUUAGCUGCUAUUAUUUUUAUUUAUUCAAAAUACUAAAAACAACAAUCCUUUAAAAAAAAAUAAUAAAAAAUGAUCGAGAUCAAAAAACAAAAAAAAAAGAUAAAUAUUAUAUUUGCUCAUGGGAUCUAAAAAUUAAAUCAGCAUGAUGCAAAUAUAUGGUGCUAAUGUAUUUAUUCAACAAAAAAAAAAAGAAAAACAAAUACUAUCUAAUAAAUAACAACAAAAAAUGAUAUUUUUUUUUUUUAUUUUCAUAUUAAACUUAUUGAUUAUUUGAAAAUUUAUAUAAUAUUAUUAUUACAUGCGUCUACUAUUAUUAUUAAUUUUUAAAUAUUAAUUAAACUUUGUGCGCUCUAUGUACCAUAAACGUAAAUCUGUUUAGAAUUUUUUUCUCUAAAUAAAUGAUAAUUUAAUUCACUGUAUGGCAUAA